UCCGCGCACCACGUGUGUCUGUCACCGUGUCCGAAUACUCGUUCCGUCCUCUCGUUGCUCUGGUUUUUCCAUUUUUAUCCAUUUUUAUCCACCCAUUUAUCCUGGAAAUAUACAGUUAUUUCGGAGAAAAGAAAAAUCAGCACCCACUUACCAGAUCGCGCGUGCCAAACAAGUUGGAAUUAACUGUGGAAGAACGUGCUUAGCAGCUCGUUAUAGAAACGCGCGACAAACAUGACAGAACGUGGAGAAGAUCCUAAAGGAAGAUGAAAAUGAGGAAAAUUGAAAGAAUGGCAGCUUGAGAGGUAGAAAGGUCGAAAAUCGGCGAAAUACGUAUACUGUGAAGUAUUGAGUGAAAAAUUGUGGUUAAUCACGAUGAAGAAACCGAUACGGGCCGACAGUGACGAACAUUAUUUCUCUACGCGUUUGCUGUUCCCUGUUAAAGAUUUGAAGGAUUACGUAAUGAUACACGCAACCUGCAGUAAAAAUCGUACACAUUCUGUGAAUAUUUAGAUAAAAUUGAUAGAAAUUUGGAACGUUUUUGAGAAAACUGUCUCGAAUAUUUCCCCGCGUUAGAUCAAAAGACAAACUGAAUAGUCGGGAUGAGAAAUUGUCGAUCGUUUAACGUAAAAAAUAUUCUGAUCAAAUAAUCACGGUAUAUCAUUUAGAAAUAUUCGUCUUUUCUAUCGGACAUUUAUCGAUAUUAAAUCGGCAGAAUGAUAUUUCAACGCAAAUUUCUUACAACAACGCGCGUUAUCGUUUUUAUUUAACGUUCUCCAUCCGGAAAAUGUAUCGUUCAAUUUGAAUUUUAUGAAUUCUCUAACCGUCAGCUUCUAUUCUUAGAUUUUAAUCAUCGACAUACACAGCGUCAACUUCGAUUGCAAUAAUAAUUCAAAGUAAUGCUAAUUACAAGUCUAGUAUGCUUGCAGUUAAUUUCAAGUUCAGCAGUUUUGCAUUAAUGAGUAAGAAUCGAGUUUAAUCGCCUCCAAGUUAUAACCUUUGACUAAAAAUUUCAACGUCUGUAACUAUGUUAACUUUGAUAAUCCAUAAACAAUCGACUGCGACCUCGACAAUUUUUCAUUUCGAUAAUUAUCGAGUUUCGAAUUUGAAGAAUUCGCCAACCGAUAAUCGUACGAUUUCUAAUUUGUCCCAAAAAUUUCCCUACCAAUAGUUAUUUAACUUGAAGAAGAAUUCCUUGACCGAUAAUUAUUGGAUUUGCAAUUUACCAAAAAUCAAAAAUUUACCAGCUGAUUUAACUGCUUGAAUUUCAAGUUGAAAGACUUCCAAGCUCAUAAUUAUUUGGCUCUCGAGUUCACGAAUUUUCCAAAUGAUAAUUAUUUCACUCGCGAUUCGAUUCAGCAACAAAAAUCCUGCAAUUGCAAAUAAGAAGACCGUCGAUUAAAAAGAUUAUUCGAAAUAAAAGAAAAACCGAUCUUCACCUCUGAAACGACCGAAAGCUCGAAUUACAAAGACGGAUCUAGAAAACGGGGAAGAGAACGAUCGUCUUCUCGACGAGGAGGAUUCUGUAGUUUCGAAAUUGAUUCGUCGUUCAGGACGUAGAAAAAUGCCUCUGAUGUUGAAGAUGGUGGAUGUAUUCGGCUCCUUGAGGUCUCUGUUUAAAAUUCAACGGAUCUCCGAGGACACUAUGAUAUUUCGACUGCAUUAUCGCGCAACGGUGGCGCUUUUGCUUGGUGGGUGUGUAACGCUGGCGUGCAAAAGUAUUUCCGGUUCGCCAAUCCACUGUGAGGCCUCAGGUUCCGUGGACAAAAUUGUUUUGGAAACAUUUUGCUGGCUACAUACCACGUAUAGUAUGGUGCACGCGUUUAAUAAGAGUUUGGGACAGGCAGUGCCUUAUCCUGGUGUUUCGAAUAGCAAAGGAGAUGGAAUGCACGGACACGCGUCGCACCCCUUGGUCAAACAGCACAAGUAUUAUCAAUGGGUCAUCUUCUUUCUAUUGUUGCAAGCGAUCCUGUUCUACACGCCUCGAUGGCUAUGGAAAGGAUGGGAGGGUGGCAAGAUUCAUGCUUUAAUGAUGGAUCUUGAUAUCGGUCUUUGUUCCGAAGUCGAAAAGAAGCAGAAGAAGAAAAUGUUGCUCGACUAUCUCUGGGAGAAUCUUCGACUUCACAAUUGGUGGGCAUACAGGUACUACCUCUGCGAACUUCUUGCCCUGCUGAAUGUGGUCGGUCAGAUGUUCCUGAUGAACCGGUUCUUCGAUGGUGCGUUCCUGACGUUCGGUAUCGACGUGCUCAGGUUCCUCGAGUCGGAUCAGGAGGACCGGAUCGAUCCGAUGAUUUACGUGUUCCCUAGAAUGACCAAGUGCACCUUCUACAAAUACGGCGUAAGCGGAGAGGUGGAGAGGCACGACGCCGUUUGCAUACUGCCCUUGAACGUCGUCAACGAGAAGAUCUACGUGUUUCUCUGGUUCUGGUUCCUCUUUCUCGGCAUGCUGAGCUUCGUCACGAUUUUAUACAGGAUCGUAAUUAUAUUUUCGCCAAGAACGAGAGUAUACCUUCUACGACUACGGUUUCGUUUGGUCAGGAGAGAAGCCGUGGAAACGAUAGUUCGGCGGAGCAAAGUCGGUGAUUGGUUUCUUCUCUAUAUGCUCGGCGAGAAUUUGGACACGGUGAUAUACCGGGACGUGAUGCACGAGCUGGCGAAUAAACUCGCCUCGAGACAUCAUCACAGUGUGCCCGGGAUCAAAGGGGAACUACAGGAGGCCUGAUCCAAGUUGCCUCGGAGUGCCACGGAAACCAGCGCGAUUCUCAAGGCAACGAGAAACUACUUUUCACCGGAAAAGUGCCACCUACUUCUGUUUUCCAGAGAUCCACGGACGAGCGAUCGAAUCAAACGGAUCGCUUUAUAUUCGUUAUUCGAAUCGUAUGUUUUUCCUUCCUUGUACUUUAGCACCGGUUCGAGGAUCGUUGGCGAAUUAUUUUUAUGAACGUUGUUCCAACGAGAGCAAUCUGUCAAUCGAUCGUGCUCGCGUAAAAGACAAAUUGCCAACAACGUGCCUUACGACGACUUUCCAUCGAUUUUCAAAGCAUUUGCACUACGCGUCGUUCGAAUUUGACUAAUUUAAAAAGUGACAGCACGGUGGAAGAAAAUCGUAUAACAAAUAUACGUAUAUAAAUAUUUGACAAAGUAAAGAAAUGUAUAUGGAUUUGACGGAUAGAUUGUCAACAAUUUCAAAUUGAAGGCGGACCAUUUUCUAAUUGGCGAACUAAUUGAAAACUGAUGGAUUAAUUUCUUCUAAAAGGAUAAAAGCGUAAAAGAAAAACGAAAAUGGUUCUUCUGUCAGUGAAAUUCAAAGUAUUAUGAAAAUGAAAAUGAAAAUGAAAAUGAAAAUGAAAAUACAGGUAUGUAUUUAUUCCCGUCGCCUAAAGUGUUCUACCUCGUACAGUCGCGUUGAAAGGCUGUAACUCUGCCAUUUUCUUUUUUUCGUAAAAUAUGCGUUAUUAGGCUCUUGCAGAUGAAAUGGCCGAAAUGUUUAGAAUUUUAUUGAAAGCAGUAUUUAUUGAUCGAAAUGUUUGAACUCGAUACGUUUUCACUAUCGCGGAACAAGAUCAGGAUUCAAGUAUGUCGUUACGACAUAAUGGGACAAUAUCGCCAGUCCCUGUAUAACACAACACAAAGAUUAAUCUAUUUAUAUUUAUAUAUACUUGAAGUAAACUGUUACGAUAUUAAAUCUUUUGUCGUUUGCUAAAAGUAUAGAAAUACAUAAAACCUUUUCUUCCCUUUUUUUAACCUCUUAACGUUCGCAAUUCGUCCCGUUACAACAAAAAGAUUUUUUAACAUUCUUUUUUGCUCGUAUGUUAAAUCUGUUUUGUUUGCGUUCAAAUGUUAUAUUUCUGGGUUUUACCUGAUGAUAGAAUGAAAGCCGCGAUUCAAAUGAUUUUCCUUCGUCCGUCGAUAUAUACGAUACAACUGUUACUUUUAAAACUACUUGCAUACAUAUUUGCAUGUUCGAUUCGUUUUAGCACUCGUAUUUCUAUAUUCAUAUAUAAUGAUCUUUAUCGAUAUAUACACAAUCGGUCACGCGAAAACCUACAUACAUCGACAUCGAGGAGACUGAAGACGCUUUAUCAGAAAAUUAUUUAUUACACUUGCAAAUAAUUGAACUUGCAACGUUCAAAAAUAUUCCUAACGGAAGUAAGCAAGUAAGGAAUCGUUAUAGAAUAUGUAUCUGACGAAUUAAUCGCGACGUUCGCAAGAUCAAGAUAUAUUUAACCGUUUGACGAUUUAUUUAUUCUAGACAUUAAAGUAAGGUAAAUUUUAGAACAAGUUUACUCGCAAAGAAUAGCCAUUUGAUAUGAUACAUUCAAUUUUUAUACAUUAAUCACACGAAAUCGGACGUAAAAGACUAUACAUCUGUAUAUCUUAUGUUGUAGUAUUCGUUACUAAAUUAAAAUUAAAUUACGCUGUGAAACGAAAUAUUCGCAGAAAUGUUGUAAUGGCUACUGAAAGAAUACACGCCAUUUUACGCGAAAAUAUAUUUGAAAUGUAUAAAAAAAAAAUAUAUAUAUAUAUAUAAUUAAUAUAUGUAUAUAAUAUAUAUAAUUAAAGGGUUUAAUUAAAAUUAAAUUGCCAGAAGGACGUACAACUAUUUAUGUUCCGUUUAUUUUAUUAUUUUAUAAAUUGCUUCGUUAUCUUAUCGAAUUAGUGUUACUUUUUACAUUCCUCCCGUAAUCAAUGAGGAUUGUUCUGUUCAAUCUUUUUCGAUACGUAUUCGCAGAAAGGGAUUUAGUUGCGAUGACUUUUGAAUAUAUUAUCGAGAUUAUCUAGCCGAGUAAUAUCGCUAUUAGCAAGUUGUUAUUGUAUUUAACGAUGUUUCGACAAAAGUACACAAUUUUCCGCACGUUAUUCUUACAUUUGACAGAGAGUGAAUAACCAAGAACAUUUUUUCUUUUUUCUUUCCUUUUUGAAGUAAACCAAGUAAUUCAGACCUAAAACCCUAAACUCGUUUCCGAUUAACUUCAAGUCAGAUUUUAACGUUUAUUAAAAAGUCAUUAUCGAAAUAAUUUUAUUAUAAACUUUUUUCGUUGAAUCUUCUUUUUUUUUUUUUUUUUAAUAACCGAAUAGCCAUAUCGUGUAUUUCAUUUAUUUUGAUAAUAUUAACAGUUUUCGCACAUUCGUCUAGUUUCUAUGUAAAAAUUAGCACUGUACACGCGUAGCACGAAUCGGAAUCACUGCGUUUUUCACGCACGCUACUAUCUAGGAUAGAAUUUUUCUAUCUUUUCUUUUCCUUUUUUCCUUCUUUCUUUUUCCUUUUUUCUUUUUUUCUUGUUGUUGUCGAUAACUUCUUUCAAUCGGUCGGGUGAUUCAUCUUUGCUAUUCAUAUUUUCCAACCUAUAUUUCUCAAAUUACCAGGUUACGUUGGCGAUGCCAACUUUAUGUAUAUGAUGUAUAUGAUGUAUCGUAUAUGAUGUAUAUGAUGUAUAUGAAUAGCUUCUAUAGCGAUGCGACCUCAAGUUCGCAUUAGAGUAUUGCUCAAAUGAUUUUAAUCCAUGAAUUUCUUUCAUACCCGUUUCAUAAUUGUUCAUCUUCUAGUGAAAUAAUGUAAAAGCAUCGAAGAGAGAAUGAAAGCGUCGGUCUUGUAUUUGGUUGGUUUUAAAUCUUAAAUUUUCACGCGUAAUAAAAAGUAUUAUUUGCUACUAUUCGAUAAUGCGUUAAAUAUUUAUUGCUAUUUAACGAUAUAUUUUAAAUGGGCCAUUUUAUAUGCAACGAUCUAAUACGUCAGUAGGGAUACAGGAUCAACAAGGAGAAUCACUGAAUCACGCUAAGCAAUUAUAUUUUUCUUUCACAAAGACUGUGUUAAUGUAAAGCGAAACCGCGAGAAUAACUUUUAACGGCAAUUCUUGAAGCAAAUGUAUUUUCCUUUAGAAAGUAAUUUAAUAAAUAUAUUAUAGUUUAUCAUGCUAAGAGGGAGGAAAUAAUAUUUACCAAGACCCGUUAAA